AAGGGUACCAUUUCUAUCUAGGGUUUAUUGAAGCCCCCUCAAUUAGAUCUAUAAAUAAUUGCCCAAACCUGAAACCCUUGCCAUCCUAUAUUUUCUCUAUUCUCCUCGUUAAGGGUUGUCUGGCAUUCUCAAUCUCUUUCCAAAUGUACUUGUCAAAAGUUUUUGCAGAUUUGGGGGCUUUGGUUUCGAAGUAACUGAACAUGGAUAUUUCAGUUUUCACGAGCCUCCCAAACUCAUCCAAAGCAAAAGCAUAAAACGGAAACUUACGACAUCCACAGUUCUUUUUGUAUCUCCUUGUCCUUGCGCUCUGCUGCCAAUACGCUCAAGAGAGAGGAGGAAGAUUCAUGUUAUUCUCAGCGACUCUUUUAUGUGUGUGUAGGGAUUAUCAAAUCGUGCAAGUCGUUUAGAUCAAUGAUAUUAGUCUUUUGAACAGUGGUGGUGAACCAUGAUUCUCGGAAGUAACUCUGUCCGAGAAACCCACUAUGAUGUUCUCUUUGUUAAGGAAGACGCGAGUUAUGAAGAAAUUCGUGCGAGUUAUCGUACAGCUAUCCUUAAUUCUCAUCCUGAUAAGUUGAAUUCUGACCAUGAGACUGGAGAAAGAUUUUUGAGAGUACAGAAGGCAUGGGAAAUCCUUAGUGACCCCAAGUCACGGACUGCCUAUGAUAGCGAGCUGCGAGAUUUAAGACAGGAUGUAGUGGCCUCAGAAGAUAUUAGCUUAGAUGAUAUGAUAGUUGAAGAUGCCGGAGAGGUCAUGGAGCUCUAUUACCAGUGCCGGUGUGGUGAUAACUUCUCGGUUGAUUCUUUGGAGUUGAAUCAAAUGGGGUACACUUUAAUGAGGGAUGGGACUGGGAUAUUUGUAAGGACUCCUGAUGCUUUACCAGCAUCAAUCGUUCUUCCUUGUGGCUCUUGUUCAUUGCUUGUUCGGCUGAUGAUAAAUCCAGAUAUUAAAGUUCCAAUUGAUGGGUAUUUAUGAUUGGUCUUUCAUUUUUGCUUUCGAUGUUGAAACAUAGCUGAUGAAGGUCUUUAUACUUGGAAUGUUUGUCUCUCCAAAUAUCCCCUGAUUUUCACCAUGACUGGGUUACAUUUGCUAUAUUGGUGACAAAGAAAACUAUUGAUAACACAAUUCGAAAGACUGUUGUGAGGAGGUUUCAAGCUUGCAGUUGAUUAACUUCUUUUUGAUACAUCUGUUGUGUUUGAGAUGAGGUUUGUGCUUUAAGCUGUUCAAGGUGGAGUGAUACAACUCGAAAAGAAUGUCUUGCUCGAGUUAAGUAACUUAUAGUUCGUCGAGCUUGAAUCAAGAGUCUGUCAAAGUUGUGGUUUUUGGAUCUGCUUGGUUAUAGUCUUAAUCUUUGGAGAGUUAUAACUUAGUACUAUGUAUCAGAUAUGAAUGAUCCGCCAACAAAGUUGAUGUUAACUUUGAGAUGGUUGGGUUUAUGUUCAUAUUUAGACUUUGUAAAGUUAUUUUUUGUUUAUUCUUUAAGAUAAUUAUGUUUAGAAAGAUGCAAUAAAUAUUGAAUAUUGGGUUCUAACAA